AUGACGGCAACAAUGGAGGACGGAGGUUCGGAGAGUAGUAUGAACGGGUGCCAGUCAGGGACUCAUGGCUGCAGAUACCAAUGUAUGCUUGUUAGGGAAGAAGAAAGAGAUACAGUUGGCGAUACACCUGUCAAAUAUCAUGGAAAAUGGGCACUCAGAUGUAUGAUGUUCGGUGGAAAUAAAGUGUUCAAACCAAGGGCACUUGUUGAUCUUGCUGCAGCAGUGUCGUCUGCAUUGUUAAUGAAUGAGCCUCAAUGGGUGGGUAUAAUUGGCAAACCAAUAAAUUAUUCCCUAAAAGGAGCUGCUUUACAUAUUGAUACUGGUCCUGGAUUGAGGAUAGAAGAGUCAUUUCCCAUUGAAAUGGAGAAAUACGGAUUAGAGGAUAAAAAGAACGAUAAUGAUUUUGUUAAGGAAAUUACGAAAUUAACCUUGAAGAAUGGUAGCAUAGAGUUGCCUGAUUGGGCAAGUAAUAUAGAGAGUGUUUUAUGGGUUCCAGUUCGUGCCAUUAAUGAAGGACUUGCAAGAGGAACAUCUGCAGGUUCAGUUAUUACUAUUAUUAGAAUAAGUUACAUUUCUGUUCCCUGUGUAAAUGAGGAAGAACAUCAAUAA